CCACGUCCCGGAAGCUGCGGCAAUCACUUCCGGUCAGGCGUCUCUGUCAACCUGCCGACGUAGCUGAAGCAUGGCGGUCGCGGGACUGCGGGCCGAUUUAGAGCAGCGGCUCGGCGCCCUCGCUAUCCGCACGGAGAUCGUGGAGCACCCCGAGGUGUUUACAAUUGAAGAAAUGAUGCCUCAUAUUCAACAUUUGAAAGGAGCACAUAGUAAGAACUUAUUUCUUAAAGACAAAAAGGAGAAACACUACUGGCUUGUGACAGUUCUUCAUGAUAGACAAAUUAAUUUAAAUGAUCUUGGCAAGCAGUUAGGAGUUGGGAGUGGAAAUCUUCGAUUUGCUGAUGAAACAGCCAUGCAAGAAAAAUUAAAAGUUGGUCCAGGCUGUGCCACACCUCUGGCACUGUUCUGUGAUGAUGGGGAUGUUACAUUUGUUUUGGAUUCAGCUUUUCUGGAAGGUGGACAUGAAAAAGUAUACUUUCAUCCAAUGACUAAUGCUGCAACCAUGGGCUUGAGUCCUGAAGACUUUCUCGUAUUUGUGAAGGCUACGGGGCAUGAUCCCAUAAUUCUAAACUUUGAUUAAAAACUGAUUGGGAGCUGUGCAUGGUCUAACACUCUAGGCAGAGAAAACUGAUCUGAGUUCUAUGCCAACCAAGGACUUAAAUAUUCAGAUGCUGUGUCAAACAACAAAAGCCAAUUGGGCUAGUGCUCAUAAUAAACACAUUUCUACAGCUGUU